AUGGAGAAAGUGAACACGACCGAACGACUCGCGCAGUUGCGAGAGCUCAUGAAGCGCAACAAGGUAGAUAUUUACAUUGUGCCUUCGGAAGACAGUCAUCAGAGCGAAUACAUAGCCCCUGCCGAUGCUCGCAGAGAGUAUAUCUGUGGCUUCUCUGGAUCUGCUGGAACGGCCGUUGUCACUCUCGAUAAGGCUGCCCUUGCUACCGACGGAAGAUACUUCAACCAAGCCGAGAAGCAACUGGACGACAACUGGACCCUACUCAAGCAGGGACUCCAGGAUGUACCCACAUGGCAGGAGUGGUCUGCCGAGCAGUCCGAGGGAGCAAAGAUCGUUGGGGUCGAUCCCACUACUAUUACUGCCCCCGAUGCCCGUAAACUCUCCGAGAAGAUCAAGAAGAAGGGCGGCAAAGACCUUAUCGCGGUCAAGGAGAACCUCGUGGACUCAGUCUGGGAUUCGGCCAGGCCCGCUAGACCGAACGAAAAGGCCGACGUCCUCACCCUCGAUUUUGCCGGCAAGAAAUUCCAGGACAAGAUUGACGACUUGCGUAAAGACUUGGACAAAAAGAAGAGCGCUGGAUUUGUCGUGUCGAUGCUCGAUGAGAUUGCCUGGUUGUACAACUUGCGUGGAAGUGACAUCCCUUACAAUCCCGUCUUCUUCUCUUACGCCGUUGUCACCCCAACUACCAGCACUCUCUACAUCGACGACUCGAAACUUACUGCUGCUGCAAAGACGCAUCUCUCGGGGGUCGAGGUUCGACCUUACGACGCCGUCUUCACCGACAUGGAGGCCCUCUCAUCAUCCUCCACCGGCGAGAGCAAGUAUCUUGUCUCGAACAAGGCUUCAUGGGCCCUGUAUCAGGCGCUGGGUGGGGAGGAUAAGGUCGACUUGGUACGCAGUUUGAUCGGCGAUGCGAAGGCUGUCAAGAAUGAGACUGAGAUGAAGGGCAUGCGCGAAUGUCAUAUUCGUGACGGUGCUGCAUUGAGCGAGUACUUCGCAUGGCUAGAAGAUCAGCUCAUCAACGAGAAGGCCAAGAUCGACGAGGUUGAGGGUGCCGACAAGUUGGAGUCGAUUCGCUCAAAACACAAGCACUUUGUCGGUCUUUCGUUCGACACGAUAUCUUCAACUGGCGCAAAUGCUGCUGUCAUCCACUACAAGCCAGAGCCUGGUGCUUGUAGCGUCAUUGACCCGAAGGCCGUGUAUCUUUGCGAUUCAGGAGCUCAGUACCUCGAUGGCACAACAGACACGACUCGUACCAUGCACUUUGGCGAACCAACGGACAUGGAGCGUAAGGCAUACACCCUUGUUCUGAAGGGUCACAUUGCUUUGGACAACGUCAAGUUCCCCAAAGGUACAACCGGCUACGCAAUCGAUGUUCUGGCUAGACAGUUCCUCUGGGCUGAAGGACUUGACUACCGUCACGGUACAGGUCACGGCGUAGGAUCAUUCUUGAACGUCCAUGAAGGCCCUAUCGGCAUCGGAACAAGGGUUGCAUAUAGCGAGGUGCCGCUAGCUGUUGGCAACGUGAUCUCCAACGAACCUGGGUAUUACGAAGACGGUGCUUUUGGUAUCAGGAUAGAGAACAUGUUCAUGGUGACAGAGAAGAAGACGACGCAUCAAUUCGGCGACAAGCCCUACUUGGGCUUCGAGCACGUUACCAUGACACCCAUGUGCAGAAAGUUGACGGAUGUGUCGCUUCUCAGCUCGGAAGAGAAGCAGUGGCUCAACGACUACCAUUCGAAGGUGUACGAGAGGACCAAGGGUUACUUCACACAUGACCAGAGAACGAUGAAAUGGCUCGAGAGGGAGUGCGCAGCAUACUAG